AUGCAAUUUUUAACAACAGUUUUAUUCGUCGUGGUACUUUAUAGCUCUAUUUUACCAUUUUCUCAACAACAAUAUACACCAGAUUGGAAAUCAUUAGAUACACGUCCAUUACCUGCGUGGUAUGAUGAAAGUAAAAUCGGUAUCUUCAUUCACUGGGGUGUUUUCAGUGUUCCAUCAUUCGAGUCUGAAUGGUUUUGGUGGGAUUGGAAAGGAAGCAACCCCAGCCCUGCUGCUGUAGCUUUCAUGAAUAGAACUUAUCCACCGGAUUGGACAUAUGCAGAUUUUGCUUCACAAUUUCGUGCUGAAUUCUAUAAUCCCAAUGAGUGGGCUGAUAUUUUUGCUGCAUCUGGUGCCAAAUACGUUGUUCUCACUAGCAAGCAUCAUGAAGGUUUCACAAUGUGGCCAUCAAAAUAUUCAUUCAACUGGAAUGCCAUGGACGUUGGCCCAAAACGCGAUUUACUCGGUGAUCUCGCAAAUGCUAUUCGAAAUCGAACUGAUAUUGUUUUUGGUCUAUAUCAUUCAAUGUUUGAAUGGUUUCAUCCUUUGUACCUUGAAGAUAAAAAAAAUGGUUUUAAAACACAAAUGUUUCCUUUUGGUAAAACAUUGCCCGAAUUAAAAGAAAUCGUUGAAACAUACAAACCAUCCGUGAUAUGGUCUGAUGGUGAUUGGGAGGCAUCCGAUGAGUAUUGGAAUUCGACAGGAUUCCUUGCAUGGCUUUACAAUGAAAGUCCUGUCAGAGAUACAGUAGUUGUUAAUGAUCGUUGGGGUAGUGGAAUUCCAUGUCAACAUGGCGGUUUUUACACAUGCGCCGAUCGAUACAAUCCAGGGCAUCUUGUUACACAUAAAUGGGAAGAUUGUUUCACAAUCGACAAGAGUUCAUGGGGUUAUGUUCGUACAUCAAGCGCAAAUGAUUAUCUUACAAUUGAAGAAAUUCUUGAUCAAAUUAUUACCACUGUGAGUACGGGAGGUAAUGUACUGAUCAAUGUUGGUCCAACAUCAUACGGAAAAAUUGCACCAAUAUUCGAAGAACGUCUCCGACAAAUGGGUUCAUGGUUAAAAGUGAAUGGCGAAGCUAUCUACAGUAGUAUUCCAUGGAAAUAUCAGAACGAUACUAUCAACAAAAAUGUUUGGUAUACAUCGUCGAAAGAUAAAGAAUUUGUUUAUGCAAGUCUUCUUGAUUGGUCAAAGAAUACGAGCGAAAUAUUGUUAGGCGCUCCAGUCAGUUCAUCGAGUACACGUGUAACACUUCUUGGUUCAGAUAUGGUUCCUCUAAAUUGGCAUCCCGCGAGCGCAAGUGGUGGUAUUAUCAUUGAUGUAUCAAAUGUAAAAAUCUAUUCACUUGCAAGUGAUUGGGCAUGGGUUUUCAAAUUAGAGAAUAUUACGCCGAUGGGAGUUAAUAAGAAACCAUGA